GUUCCAGAGAGACACAGGACAACCGGAUGCUCCCGACUGUAAAGGACAACAGUGGCAGCCACGGAUCUCCCAUCAGUGGCAAGCUGGAAGGCAUCUACUUCAGCUGCAACACGGAGUUCAACACAGGCAAGCCCCCCCAGGACUCCCCCUACGGACGCUACCGCUUCCAGAUCCAGGCCCAGGUCCUGUUCAACCCCAAGACCAACCUGUACUUCGGGGACUUCUACUGCAUGUACACAGCCUACCACUACGUGAUCCUGGUGCUGGCCCCAGAGGGCUCCCCAGGGGACCGAUUCUGUAAGGGCCGCCUCCCGGCGCUGGACAUCUUAGACAACUGCUUCCUGACAUGCACCCAGGAGGAGGAGGAGGGGGGGCUGGUGUUCCACCACGCCCAGGAUGUGAUUCUGGAGGUGAUUUACACCGAGCCCGUGGACCUGGCCCUAGGCAGCGUGGAGGAGAUCCAAGGACACCAGCUCAGUAGCAUGUCCACCAUCAAUGCUAAGAAGGACCCCAGUUGCAAGACCUGCAACAUCAGCGUGGGACGCUAACCAGCAAACUGUGGGGGAGGAAGGGGGCGUUACUACGAGGUCCCUGCAGUUCUACGGAUAAUAAUACUUCUCUAACCCUAUUGGCUGUGGUGAUUCUCUAAUCCUAUUGGCUGUGGUGAUUCUCUAACCCUAUUGGCUGUGGUGAUUCUCUAACCCUAAUGGCUGUGGUGAUUCUCUAAUCCUAUUGGCUGUGGUGAUUCUCUAACCCUAUUGGCUGUGGUGAUUCUCUAAUCCUAUUGGCUGUGGUGAUUCUCUAAUCCUAUUGGCUGUGGUGAUUCUCUAACCCUAUUGGCUGUGGUGAUUCUCUAACCCUACUGGCUUUGGUGAUUCUCUAACCCUACUGGCUGUGUUGAUUCUCUAACCCUAUUGGCUGUGGGGAUUCUCUAACCCUAUUGGCUGUGGGGAUUCUCUAACCCUAUUGGCUGUGGUGACUCUCUAACCCUGUUGGUUGUGGGGAUUCUCUAACCCUAUUGGCUGUUUAUUUUAUUUUAUUUUAUUUCACCUUUAUUUAACCAGGUAGGCUAGUUGAGAACAAGUUCUCAUUUGCAACUGCGACCUGGCCAAGAUAAAGCAUAGCAGUGUGAACAGACAACACAGAGUUACACAUGGAGUAAACAAUUAGCAAGUCAAUAACACAGUAGAAAAAAAUGGGCAGUCUAUAUACAAUGUGUGCAAAAGGCAUGAGGAGGUAGGCGAAUAAUACAAUUUUGCAGAUUAACACUGGAGUGAUAAAUGAUCUGAUGGGCAUGUACAGGUAGAGAUAUUGGUGUGCAAAAGAGCAGAAAAGUAAAUAAAUAAAAACAGUAUAAAAACAGUAUGGGAAUGAGGUAGGUGAAAAAGGGUGAGCUAUUUACCUAUAGACUAUGUACAGCUGCAGCG